CCACAAUGCACCGCUUCCAGCAGACCCUUUGGGUAUUUUGUUGACAUUUGCGAGCUCCGUACGGAAAAUCCAAUGAGAACUGUGUGAAAAUUUUCAAUAAAACAUGGAGAAAGAGCAGCACAACACAGUGAUCUUCAAUGCCUCAAAAAAGGAGCUGUUUACAACAAACAAUGGCUUCAAAUCCAUGCAGAAGAAACUACGAGCUCAGUGGAAAGUCCAGAGCAUGAAGGAAGAGCUGUCCUCGGAAAAACUGAAAGGUGUCAAGUUGUGGAUUACUGCUGGUCCCAGAGAGAAAUUCACAGCAUCAGAGCUGGAGGUGCUGAAGCAUUACCUGGAUGCAGGAGGAAAUGUUUUGGUCAUGCUCGGCGAGGGAGGAGAAGUAAAAUACGACACCAACGUCAACUUCCUUCUGGAGGAGUUUGGCAUAUUGGUCAAUAACGAUGCUGUCGUGAGAAAUGUGUACUACAAAUACUUCCAUCCAAAGGAGGCUCUUGUGUCCAAUGGCGUAUUGAACAGAGAGAUCAGUCGCGCUGCCGGCAAAGUGGUCACAGGAAUCACUGAGGAUGAAAACAUUGGAAACAAUGCUCAGGCUUUGACAUUCGUAUACCCGUAUGGUGCCACGCUGAGCGUCAUGAAGCCCGCCGUGGCCGUUCUGUCCACCGGCUCAGUCUGCUUCCCCCUCAACAGGCCCGUCCUGGCCUUCCAUCAGGGAAAGGAGUCUGGAAAACUGGCGGUUUUGGGUUCCUGCCACAUGUUCAGUGACCAGUACAUUGACAAAGAGGAGAACAGUAAAAUCAUGGACGUUGUGCUCCAGUGGCUCAUGACUGAUAAUAUUCAGCUCAAUCAGAUUGAUGCUGAGGACCCAGAGAUCACAGAUUACACCAUGCUGCCGGACACGGGCUGCUUGUCAGACCAGCUCAGAGUGUGUUUGCAGGAGGGUGACGAGAACCCGCGGGACUUCACCUCUCUCUUUGACAUGUCUCUGUUCAAUCUGUCCACUGACACUUUGCCACAAGUUCUCAGCACGUACAAGCAGCUGAAUGUGAAAGACGAGCCCCUCCAGCUGAUCACGCCACAGUUUGAGACGCCUCUGCCUCAGCUUCAACCCGCUGUGUUUCCGCCUGCCUUAAACGAUUUGCCUCCUCCCAUGCUGGACCUCUUCGAUCUCGAUGAAACGUUCUCAUCUGAGCAAGUGCGCCUGGCACAGCUCACCAAUAAAUGCACAGAUGACGAUCUGGAGUUUUACGUGCGGAAAUGUGGCGAAAUCCUGGGGGUGACGCCAAAGUUGGAGAAAGAGCAGCGGGAUGCCAAGCAUGUCCUGGAAUACGUGUUCUUUCAAGUUGUCGAGUUCAAGAAGCUGAAUCAGGAACACGACGCAGACGCAGAGACCAGAUUCACUCCUGAAUGAGCAGAAUCCAGCGAGUCGCUACAACCAAUACAGAAAGGACUCCUCCAGAUGUUGUGAGCUGUGCAGUAUCAGUUUUAUACUGUUGAAGCUUUUCUUAGCGCUACGACCAUUUUGAUAUAUUUGCAUUCAACUACAGGAACAGUACACAAAUGGAGAAAAUAUACUUUAUUUAAGCAAAUUUAAAAAAAGUCAAAUUCUUAUCAAACAAGGACCAUUCAUUAGCAGAACUUCCAUUUCUCAGUUAUGCAGACUGAUUUUGGACAGAAGCAGACAGCAAGUCCGAACAUCUGACUGUUCUCUGCAUCAGUCACGGAGAAAUGGUUUGGGGACUCGGACUCCAUAUUUGCUCCAUGUCGAGUCUGGGGCUCUCCGACUUAAUCAGAGACACGUCCCACGACAUCUGAGAGACGCUGAGGUCUGCGUUGGACAGGUCGAGGCCAGCAGUCCGUUUCAGCUUCGUAAGUGGCAGCACCUGCGGAGUGGAAGACUUUCCCUGGAGAGGAACGGCCAGCUGGUAACGGUCAGUGUCCGGAAGGCUCAGCAUGUUGAGAGGGAAGCCAUGAAAAGGAGAGCCGCUGUCUGACAGCAGGCGGCAGGAGACCUGGUCGGACGGCUUGCCGUCAGCCCCUUCAGGAAGCGUCAUGUUUGAAGCCCUCGACGUGGACAGCUGCUCAACAGACGUGGCCAACAAACUCUGCUCCCCAUAAAACCUCUGGUCCAACUCGCACAGAGACGAGCACUCGAAGCUUUUCAGAUCUGGAAGACAAUGAAGGUUUUUAGAAUCAAAUGGCAGAGUCUUCAUUUACAUGAAUCAAUGUUCAUUUACACAAAAACAGCAACACAGAAAUCAAGGUUUUCAGCCAGGCCAUGAGUCAGCACAUUUUCAUCAUGAAACCACACACAAGCCCACAGAGAAAAAUAUAGCUGUGGUGCACAUGCACAAAUCACCCUAAACACUUGAAACAACUACAUGAUCGAGGCUGGAACCGGCCCAUUUUUCACAGAAUCAAACCAGCUUCACUCACCUUGACUGGUCAGGGCCCUCUCCAUUGUCUCCUCAGGCUGGUGAGUGUCUGCAGGACUCCGGCUCUGCUUUAAAGCGUUGCUAAUUGGUCCAGCUUGAGGCUGAGCAGGUCGUCAUCCUGCAGAGGGUGGGGUUAGUCUGCAGCUUUAGCAGAACACGGCACAUAACCAAUGUGCUUUUCAUAUGUUUGUUUAUUCAUAAGUUUGUUUUCCAUACUUAUAUUUGUGAAAUAAAGGUUUUUCUUAAAUAUUUGACC